UGGCUAUUCAAACUUGAACGGUUCAUUUGCUCGCCGCCUAUUCGCCACGCAUCCUGACCAGUACACCGUGUGUGAGUGCAUUUUCAUCCGACAUGGCCGCUUCCACCGUACUUUUGAGCUUCAGCGACAACCCCGUGUUUCGGCUGUACGCCACCUAUGCGUCCGCAGUCGUGCUAAAGAUGACGUUCCUUGCGUUUCGGACCGGACGACUUCGAAUGGGUCGCAAGGUAUUCAUCAAUCUAGAGGAUGCAAAUGGUAAGAAGGAACUGGUGCGACGGGACGACGAUAUCGAACGUGUUCGAAGAUGCCACCGUAACGACUUGGAAAACAUACCAGCCUUUCUGGUCUUGGGUCUGCUGUAUGUUCUGACCGGCCCUAGUGUCUUCGCAGCGACUUGGCAUUUCCGUGCGUUCGUGGCGUCCCGUUUCUUCCACACCGUUGCCUACCUGACUCCCCUCCCCCAGCCCGCGCGAGGGUUCUCGUUCAUGAUCGGUAUGGUCACUAACAUCUCGAUGGCGGUACAGGUGCUCAUGAACGGCCAGCUGUAGACAGCAUCUGUCAGAACAUUCGAAAGAUAAUGGAAACAGAUUACAUAUUUUAUUUUAUUGCAAGUACUAACAAAUUUGCCAAUCAAUCACAAGUUGAUCACAAUUCAAAUAAGGUUUUGCCCUUCGAUCACAAUUCGAUCACAGGUCAAUCAAAUGUCAAUCAAGAAUCAUUCACAAGUCAAAUCAGUGGUGAAUCGCUAGUCAAUCGCAAGUCAAUCGCAAGUCAAUCACAUGUCAA